AUGAAGAUGGCUCGAUCGUUGCUAUCAUUGCUGGCCAUUCUGGGUCUUGCUGGCGCGCAAAGGAUUUCCCACAGUAGCCGUGACGGACGGCCCACAUGUACCGUAUAUCCUGGAAAGUCCAACGCAACAGACGAUGUGCCUACCAUCUUGAAAGCGUUUAAGGACUGCAAUAACGGCGGAAACGUCGUCUUUCCCGCUGGCAACACAUACCACAUCAAUUCUCGGCUCAACCCUGUGCUCAAUGAUGUAACAGUCGACUGGCACGGCGAAUGGGAGUUUAGUCACGAUCUCGACUACUGGAGAAACAACUCCUACCACAUUGCAUUUCAGAACCACGCAGCAGGUUUCGUCAUAACUGGGGAUCGCAUCCGAAUCGACGGUUACGGCAGCGGAGGUAUCAACGGCAACGGCCAAAUCUGGUAUUACGACGAGCGAGGCGACCCUCCCGUAACCCCAGGAGCUACCCGCCCAGGACGCCCCAUGCCCUUCAUGUUCUGGAACGUAUCCGACGUGACGGUUAAGAACUUCUACGUGAUCCAGCCGCAGCUCUGGAGUAUCAACAUCCAGAACGGCACCGACAUGGUUUUCGACAACAUCUACACCAAUGCGACUAGCCCUGAGGCGCCGACCGGGUGGAAUUGGGUCCAGAAUACGGACGGCUUCAACACAAUGGACUCCAAAAACAUUGUGCUCACGAAUUUCGUCUAUCAAGGUGGUGAUGACUGUAUUGCUAUUAAGCCACGGUCUUACAACAUCUACAUUCGUAAUGUAACAUGUCAUUCCGGUAACGGCAUCGCUAUCGGUUCGCUCGGACAAUACCUUGAGGACUCUUCCGUCGAGAACGUACAUAUCGAUCAGGCAACGCUGAUCAAGGGCGGCGCCCAGAAUUCGAUCGGAAACGCUGUAUACAUCAAAACCUGGGUGGGUGAGCUCGUCCAGGGCGGUGACAGAGAUUACGAAAGUGACUAUCAGCCGAGGGGCGCAGGGUGGGGCGGUGUGAGGAAUAUGCUGUUCAGCAACUUCGUGGUGCGAGGCGCAAAGAGUGGAGGUGUAAUCACGCAGAACAGCGGAGACAAUGGGUCUUUUGCGGGAACGUCUAACAUGCUUGUCAACAACGUCGCUUUCGUCAACUUCACUGGCUACCUGGACGGCAGGACUGUAAGUGGACGGCUGAAGGUGGCGUUCGUGGCGUAA